CUUCUUCAUCAACCACAUACAAUUAAGCAACCCUUAGUCUCUCCUCUCCAGUUCCCUUUUCUCUUUUCCUCCAUGGCUCACUCAGUUCAGUACUUCUUCUUCUUCUUCGUGACGCUCGUCUUGCUCGAAAACUCAGUAUGUUAUGGGGCGCGCCAUCUCCUCGACUCGCCGGCCCCUGCGUCGCCGCCUUCUGCUUCGACACCGGCCACGCCGGCCUUACCUACCGUUCCAAAGCUUGCGACGGUUCCGCCGUUCCCCACCAUUCCAUCAAUCCCCGGCAUCCCCACCAUCCCCACCAUUCCAACCAUUCCAACCAUUCCAAACUUUUCACUGCCUCCAUUCCCUUCCAUUUCUGGACUUCCUUUCAGUAUUCCCAACAAUAUUAUUCCCAAUUUUCCAUCCAUUCCUUUCCUCUCACCACCACCUGGUAAGUGAAAGCCCAUACGAUCGAGACAUGUUGGGACCGUCUAUGGUGUUACAGUUGCAGUUGGAGCACAGUACUGAAGCUUUCUUCAGUUGUUUGCUAGUAGGGACGUUUGAUCUUCUAUAAUGUGUGGUUGUUUUGCUUAUACUGUUCUGAAUAAUGGUGUUUGGUUGUUUUACGUGGUAAUGGUCUGCGCAUUUAUCUAAAUUGUUGCUUAUUUUUGUAAUGUUAUAAUAUAUGUUUGCUCCAUCUAUGUUGGAUUCUAUGUU